AUGUCUUUUUUACCAAAAACACUGGGACAUUGUGGGGAUGCUGUCAUUGAUAUGUCUCAGACCUGCUUUAGAAUUGGGCAUAUUGCUAAGGUUUUUAACCAUACUAAUAUUGCUCUUAUCCCCAAAGUUCCUCUUGUUGAACUUGUUUUUCAAUACAGACUUAUAGGGCUCUGUAAUUUCAUCUACAAAAUUCUUUCAAAAACCCUUGCUAAUAGACUCAAACCCUUUAUGAAUAAUAUAAUAUCCCAAAAUCAAAGUGUCUUUAUUCUUAAUAGGAGUAUUUCUGAUAAUAUUCUGCUAGCUAAUGAGGCCAUAUAUGCUGUCAAUCACAAUGACAAAAUUGAAGGCAUUGCCGCCAUCAAACUUGAUAUGUCGAAGACUUAUAACAAGCUUGAAUGGGAUUUGUUAGAAAAGGUUUUAACUAAAAUGGGUCUCUCUAACCACUGGGUUAAACUCAUAAAUCAGUGUGUUUCUACUGUCUCCUACUCUGUUCUUCUUAAUGGUAGCCCAACUGGGUUCUUCCAACCUGAAAGAGGACUGAGACAGGGAGACCCUCUUUCUCCUUAUCUUUACAUCAUGUGCUCUGAAGCUUUAUCUUCUUACAUUGAUAGUCUUAAAAAAAGGAAGAUUCCUGAGCAUAGGAAAGCUCUUCUAGCUAAUAUCCUAGAGAUCCAGAGCAGGGACUUAGGAGAAAAAUAUCUUGGCACCCCUACUGUGUUCCAAGUCUCUAAAAUCCAGACUCACAUGGGUAUUCUCCAAGCUGUUGAUGCCAGAAUCUCCAUCUGGCUUCAUAAGCUCAUAUCCCAAGAUGCUAGAACUACUUUGAUUAUUGGCCAAUCUAUUCCCCUUUUUCAAAUGGGAGCUUUUCUUAUUCCUAAGCACCUUUGUAAACAAAUGGAUGCUCAUCUUUGUAAAUUUUGGUGGGGUGAAACUUUAGACCCAAAUGAUAGGAAAUUGCACCUGCUUGGUUGGGAUAUUUUAUGCUCCCCCAAGGCUGAAGGUGGUUUGGGUUUUAGAAAGGCUGAAUUAAACAAUUUGGCUAUGCUGGCCAGAAAUGCCUGGAGGAUUCUGGAAAAUCCUGACUGCUUGUUAGCUACUGUUUUUAAGGCUAAAUAUUUUCCUAGAACUGAUUUCUUGAAUGCCAAGUGCACUUGUAAGUGCUCUUGGACUUGGAAGUGUUUGCAUGCAUUAAGAACUAAUUAA